AUGAGUCAACUUGAUGUGUACCAUAUGAUGGUAGUUUCCCAAUAUUUUUCGACGAUAAACAACUUAAUUGUAUUGGAAAUGGUUUGUAAAAAGUUUCAAGGAAAUAUGGACAAAUUUCACAACAACCCAGUUCCAAUAAACAAAAAGACUAUCAAAUUUUUUCCAAAGAUCGAAACACUUAAUUUAUGGAACUGUGACAAUGAAGUUUUCGGUAAUGAUUUAUUUAAUAGAAAAAAAACUAGAAACAACAACCAAAAUCGACUUCUUCCAAAUCAAUGUUUGGUUUGUAGUGACCUACGAUUGUACUCAAACCCACUUACAUUCAAAUAUCUCAUUUAA